AUGGCUAUCGCUCGAAUUCUUUCCCAAUCCCAAACCCGCUCUAUACUUUGCCCCCCUGCCGCCCUAAUCGGUUACCGCCGCCACCGCUCCAGCAAAACCCACCGCGCCCAGCUCAUUGAGGUUGACCUGGAAUCGUCGCCGUCGGAAUCGCCUGAGGCGGCCGUAGAGGUCAUCACUUCCGGCAUCAGGAAGCUCGAGGAGGCCAUACACACCAUAAUCGUGCGCCGGGCGGCGCCCGAUUGGCUCCCUUUCCUCCCUGGGCACUCGUACUGGGUCCCACCGCGCGCCACAUCCAUGCGCAGCCACUCGGCGGGCAGUGUGAUCGAAGUCCUCGGGAAAUUAGCCUCGCUGGAUCCAGCGAGGGGUCGGCGGUCUCAGGGCGAACUUUUGUCUGAGGACCAACAGAUGGCGCUCGAAUCGGGAAAGGGUUGGCCCUCCUCCGCCUUUUUCAUCGAAGGGACUUCGCCCAUGCAUCCUAUGCCGGUGGUUGAGGUUCAGGUGAAAAUUCAAGUCGAUGAAAACAGUGAAGGUGACACAUCAAGUUCUGAGGAUGAUGAAGAAGGAUGA